UCAUGACGUAUGUAUAUCAAUGCCUAAAGAAAAUAUGGCGAUGGUAUUUAGUUAGUGUCCUGUUCUGAUAAUUUUAUAGAAGGUGUUUGGUGUAUUUAUCGUGGUCAAGAUUGUAAUUAUAAUUUAAAUUCGGAGUAGAACUUAUUAAGACAAUGAGUUUCUUUAGUAAAGUAUUUGGUGGUAAAAAGGAACCGGUGUCUAUGUCGACAGCCGAGGCGAUACAAAAAUUGCGCGAGACGGAGGAUAUGUUGAUAAAAAAGCAGGAUUUCCUCGAAAGUAAAAUAGAGCUUGAAAUUCAAACUGCUAAGAAGAAUGGAACGAAAAACAAACGAGCUGCAAUCCAAGCCCUUAAAAGAAAGAAACGUUAUGAAAAACAGUUACAACAAAUUGAUGGUACACUUACCACAAUUGAAAGUCAAAGGGAAGCACUAGAAUGUGCAAAUACUAAUACUGCUGUACUUACUACAAUGAAAAAUGCAGCAGAUGCAUUAAAAUCUGUCCAUCAACAUAUGGAUGUUGAUCAAGUACAUGAUAUGAUGGAUGACAUAGCUGAACAGCAAGAUGUAGCAAGAGAGAUUUCUGAUGCAAUUUCCAAUCCUGUAGCAUUUGGAAAUGAUGUAGAUGAUGAAGAACUAGAAAAAGAAUUGGAAGAGCUUGAACAAGAACAACUUGAUAAAGAAUUGCUUGGUAUUGAAUCUACUGAUGAACUACCAAGUGUUCCAGCUACUGCUAUUCCAAUAGCCCCAACUAGGACUCGUACAAAAGCCAAACCAGAAGAGGAUGAAGAUUUGAAAGAGUUAGAAGCAUGGGCAUCAUAAAGAACAAGUACAUCAUUCCACCCAUUAUUGACAAGAUGAUAAGCAACAGAAUUAGCCACUGUUCCUGCACCCGCAAUGACAAUUUGCGAUUGCGAGGGUAACGUUGUAUGGGGUUGAAAUUGAAAAUUUUGAUGAAAUUUCCUACGACGUUUGCUUCUGUCUCUUUGAUUAAGUUUAAAUAUUCCAUUUUUGAAGGUUAUAUCAAUUGAAUAAUUUCUGCAACCUUUCGAGACUACUUUCUGUAGUAAUGUAACAUAAAUACAUUUUGAACUUGCGUGUUGCAGCAUUAAAUUACGUGGAAAGUAAUAACUGCGUCACUUGUUCACAUAACAUGCAAAAAACAAAGUUCCAAAAUGUCUCCACUACUAGAACGUUGGUUCUAUUAUUAAAGUUGGGAAUAUUGUGUCAUAAUGGUGUUCUUUCAAAAAUAUAAAUUAUCCUUUCAAAGGAAAAUAAGUGGCGCCGUACAUUCGUAUAAUAGCUUGAUAUGUUAAGAUUUUCAUUUAUUAAAAUUAUAAUAUUUUGGAAGCCUGUAGAUAAAAUUAUUUUUCAUACAGAUUUUUUAGUCAUUUUAAUAUGAAAUAAUUACAUAAGAUUGAUUUACUUAUAAUUUUUUGUUUUAAAAUGUUAUUGUACUUAUUUGUAAAGACAUUUAAGUUUUUAAUAAAUUUCCCGCCUAGAUGUACUUGAUCGAUAAAUCGAAAUAUUUCAA